CUGGCUCUGUCAAUGAACUGUGACAAGGUGUUGUUCUUUGGGUUAUUCUCCUCCCUCUCUCGCCUUCCGGGAACACUAAUUGGCCACAUGCAGAGUAAUGUGACCAAUCGAAUCAUCCUCGGCAGAGAGCCGGAGCUGCAGAUCGGAAGAGCAGAGCGUUGGGCUCAGUCCGGCUCCCACGCCGAAGAGUUCCUGGGGUGACACUAUCUUUUCCUUCCUUUACCUUGGGAAUACCUCGGGAUUUACCCCCCAUCUUCUCAUCCCACGGAUUUGGUGGUUUUCCCGCCCCUGGCCUCGCCUCCUGCCCGCCCUCGGAUCAGCGCUCGGGUGAAAAGGGCACCAUCAGACGGGUGAUCGCUGGCCCUGGUGCUAUACUACGAUACCUUCAUCCUGACCUGCCCACUCGCCUGCCCUCGACCCCUCACCUCCCUGUAACCAUGACGACCAAAACAACCAAUGUCCUGGACGGGAACAAGGUCUCCUCCUCCCCUCUCCUGUUGUCCACAUCAUCCCCGUCCUACCUGUCUUGCCAGCGCCUAGUGACCAAGGACGGUCACUGCGCCCUGCGGUCCUCCCCUCCCUCCCCUGGCCUGUGGCCCUCCUGGGCAUCUGCCUCUGCCUGGCUGCUAGCCCUACAGGACCUGUGGGGGGCAGUGGUGUGCCUGCGCUGGCGCUGGGUCCUAUUGGCCUUCUGCACCUCCUUUGUGGCCCACUGGCUGCUGUUCGCCUGCCUGUGGUACCUACUGGCCCACCUCAAUGGAGACCUGGCGGUGGAGGACCACGACGCUCCUCCAGAGGGACACGUAGUGUGUGUCAAAUACAUCACCAGCUUCACCGCAGCCUUCUCCUUCUCCCUGGAGACGCAGCUGACCAUAGGGUACGGCACCAUGUUCCCCAGUGGGGACUGUCCCAGUGCUAUAGCCCUGCUGGCAGUUCAGAUGCUGCUGGGGCUCAUGCUGGAAGCUUUCAUCACAGGUGCGUUUGUGGCUAAGAUCGCCCGUCCCCAGAAGCGUGCGGGGGCCAUUCAGUUCAGCCCCCAGGCGGUGGUAGGUCAGCACCAGGGCCAGCCCUGCCUCUUGUUCCGGGCCACCAACCUUCUGCGACGCCCCCUGGUGGACGUGGAGGUCAGUGCCGUGCUGUACGAACAGAGAGACGACCAAGUCCUGCACCAGACCAACCUGGACUUCCAGCUGGACCGGCUGGGCCCACGCCCCUGCCCCUUCUUCAUCUUCCCCCUCACCUUCUACCACGUCCUGGACCGCCACAGCCCCCUUUACCCGGCCCUGCGUGAGGGCAGCGCCAGCCAUUUUGAGCUAGUGGUGUUUCUCUCCGCCUCCCAGGAGGGCACGGGCGACGCCUGCCAGAAGAGGACGUCCUACCUGCGCCAGGAGAUCCAGUUUGAGCGGCGCUUUGUGCCCGCUGUGGGGUUGGACAAGCAAGGCAGGUACCAGGUGAGCAGUCAGCACUUUGGCAUUGCCCACUGCAAUGAGCCUCUGGACAAGGAGUGUGUGGUGCAAAUCAACGGGGAUGGGAGUGACAGGAUGGAGUAAGGGUGGGGAAGGAGGAGGGUGGACGGGAAGG